AUGGAGACCGAGAGCAGAAUAGGGCAUAAGGUCUCGACGGCGGAGGCUAGAGGUGGUCCGGCGGAGGCUGGAGGCAGAGGCAGGAAGCUGCUCUUCAAGGCCGACGCCGACCGAGACCAAACACACAUGCUCGAUUUCAACUCUUUCUUCGUCGGCCAACUUCUGCCGCCUCACAGCCUCCGUCUCACGUUGUCGCAUGCCGCCACCGUGAAUCUUUCCCCAACGGACGAGAUCUUCUUCCACGGCCACCUUCUCUCCAACCUCUGCGGACGAGAUCGUCUUCCCCUGAUCGUCCACCAACUCCACCGCCGGCAUCACCAUCACCUCCACCGCGGUCGCCCACUAAACAGACCAAAACCGCCACUGCAUCUCCCUAUCCACUACCCCGACCUGCUACGACCCUCUAUUCUCACUCCCAAUUUCGCCGCACGCUCACCGACUGAACCCUAG